AUGUCAAAAACAAAGCCUGAAGAACAUUUCAAGAAACGUAAACUCCUACAAUUGAACGAAGAAAACGAUGAAACCCUGGGUUAUGAGGAUUUCAAAGAGGUUUUAGCUGAUGACACUGAUUCACAUGACGAAACUGACAAACAAGUUGAAAGAGAUAAGCGAUCUGAGAAUUCAGAUAGAAAAAAUGCAAGGGAAUCCAACAAAUAUAAUAAUCCUCCUGUAUACAAUCCGAACUGGAAAGGUUCGAUGCAACUUUACCCCGAUGAACUGAACUUAAUAACGAAACCGGCUGCUGCUCAAAAUUCUAAGGUUGAGUUGCCUGCCUCUAUUAAAGCAAUGGCCCCUCAGGAUGUGAAUGUUAAAGUUACAGAUACCGAAUAUGUUGAAGACUACUUGAACAAUAAAUAUGCUAAGUUGGCGCAAGCAUAUAGUGAUUACGGAGUGUUAGCAGAAAAGAAGGAAUAUGUUACAAACGGAAAGAGUACUGUAGUCACAGAGAGCAACAUGCCACAACAUAAAUUUAACAAAGACGAAGCAUUGCCAGAAAAGGAGCAAAAUAUGAAAAGUUACGUUUUGAAAAAGCGGAGAAACGCAAAUUUGCGUAGCUCUAAAUUUAUGCCAUUGUCUAAUGAUAAAUCAGGGGAAAAGCAAAUUCAGUUCCCCAAAUAUCGAAUAGAAAGAUCAUUAAAAUCAGUGAAUAUUGAAGAAUUGAAAGAAGAUCUCGUUAUCAAAGAUGAAAAAGAAAUAGUUCCCUUUUUAAUGAAGGAAAUCAAACAGGAAAAAAUUAAUGAAACAAGUGUUGGUGGAAACAAAACUUUGGAAGGAUUCAGCGAUAUUUUACGUACUCUGUCUGAUUGGUUUUUGACUUUAGCAAAAUUGUCUGGUGACUUUGGUAAUAACACUAAGUCCCCACAGAACAACCAUACCUUAGGACCAACCCUACUGACAUCAGAAAAUAUCACGAAAGACAUAGCAUACCCGAUGUACGAUGCAGACAUGAUUGAUAAUAUCGGUCAUAGGUCUAGAGCGCUGUUGGCUAUUGAUGAAAUCAUUAGUAAUACGUCUUCAUUGUCAAAGAACGUGACAGAUCUGAAAAAGGAGGAAAUCAUGACAGCUGAAAUGAACACAGAUCCAUCUCAAACGCUUACUAACAAUACGAGCAAAACAAUUGCCACGGUAAAACAACCAAAGGUAAACGUCACCGAAGUCUCCAACAAAACAUAUACGGUGCCAACCACAAAAGAUAAUAGAACCGUCAUCAAAAGAGCAGCGGACAGUAAUCUGAUUUUCUGGAAUGACAUAUACGAUGACGAGUACGGCGUUAAAGUCGACCACUUCGACAACGAACAGAGAAACAAGCAUUCAGCCGAUAACGAGAGUUUCGUGAAGCGCUCGGGGCAAUGGAUCAACAAGAAGUUUCGGAAGCUAGAAGACCGCAUACGCACCGAAUACCGUUCUAAGAAGAACUGGAGACAAACUUCGAAGUCGAGACCUUUACGCAGUGUCGAUGAGUUUAGACCCGGUUAUCAUUUACAAAAGGAUCAAAGUGAUCUGUUUGGUGCGAAAAUGGCAGCAGAGGAUAAAGAGACCGACAAGGCGUUUGACUUUGCUACUCUGACAGCAAACAUGAAACAAAUAUGCCAUGAGGCAUCAAAAGCUCUACAAAAGACCAGAAAAAUAAAUGUCCGUCAAGACAAAAGUGAGAUAGAGGCGACGUCUUUAAUGCAACAACUGGUCAGACUCAUGACUGAUUUAGUUGAUUUCCAAGUGCAGCAGAAAACGUGCUCUAUGUUGCCACCGGACCUGGCUGAGUUUUUACAAUGGCUCACCUCUCCAAAUUCAGAUGAUACCAAUGAUAAUAAAUUCACUGCAACGAAUAAUGACGCCAAUGACCAGUUCCCCAAAACAGAAUCGCCUAGUGACGGUAUACCGGACUAUAUCACGCCUUUUUCAAGACAGGGACGUGAGGUCCCAAAGACAGAAUACGUUAACACCCUCCGAGCGGUGCGGGAGCUCCUUCGCCAAUACGAGGACUUCGACGAUGAUUUCAAGAUUCCCUCUACGGUUGCGAAAUUCUUACGGAAACGCGACGCGCUACUGCGCCGCAAACGCCACAUGAGACAGGACCGAGGCAAGGCGCAGGUUGUCCGAAAACAGCCACUCACGAAGCGUAUCAACAAGUUCAUCAAAAAAUCUGGCGUCAAGCGGACGAGGACGACGUCUAACUACUACGAUUCAAUCGCAACUGAGGGCUUGAGGAAGAGGAAGCACAGAGGGGAUAGGUUGGACCCUAGUGGAAAACCAAAGACCACCGUGCAAACCGGCGCAGCCAUAAACGCAUCCUGUAAAGUUAGU